AUGAGCUCGCGUACCAGCUCGACGACAGCACAGUCGUCGACCCUACGGCCCCGAGCUCCACGACUCAUCUCCGGUCUCGACGAUGAAGCCCCGGCCGUUCUGACACCCAUGCCACGCCAUGCCUCGCCGCUGCCUUCGCCCUUCGACUCUCGUGAGCCAUCGCCCAUGCCUAGCACCCGCUUGCCGCGCACCGCCUCGUCCCAGACCGUUCGGCCCGUGAAGAGCAUGAGCCGCCUGAAUCCCGAUCGCUCUCAGUCGCCCGCAACUUUGUCGGCCUUCUUUGGAGACUCAUGGUCUGCUAUACAGGGCAUGGCCUCGGAUCUACUUACCCCCUCUCCAGUAUCCUCCAAAGGAGCCCUCUCGCCGCGACGUCGCAAACCCUCCAUCAAUUCGACCUCUACACGGAAUACAAGUGCCCCUUCGAAGCAAUGGGGUGUGCCCACCACCAUUCCGUCUUCUGCCAUCGGCCUUGGCUCUCACGAAGAGAGGGAAACGUUGCUACGUGCUGAGAAGCGCAAGCAUCUCAUGAAUGCCACNCCCGAACAUAACACGAUUGGACACUUCAAGCGUCGCUCGUCCGAAGAUGGUGCAUCCGCUUCUGCUCCUCCUGAAAACGGUCACGAUCGAGACGCCCUGGUCUACGUUCACCACGUUCGUCCUGAAGAUACGCUUGCUGGUAUCACCAUCAAGUACAACAUUCAUCCUUCAGCCUUGCGACGCGCCAACCGUAUGUGGCCCAAUGAUCGCAUACAAGUCCGCAAGACCAUUCUGCUUCCUGUCGAUCAAUGCGCCGUCAAAGGUACUCGUCUAAACGGAAGCGAGGAUCUUUAUCAACUGACACAGGAGAACAAUCCUUUUCCGACAUCGAUAGAAGAGGUCAAGACACCCAUCCCCACGGGCAGGAAAAGAACCGAGUCUGUGUCCACAAAUGGCGAUCGCCCGUCGUCUUCUUCGUGUCGUUCGUCACACGAUCCAGAGGCAACCUGGGAACAUGAUGCAUGGGUCCUCCUGCCAAACAGCAAACAACCCACUGAGAUCGCCCGCUCAUCUCGUCGUAAUCUGGCCUUCUUCCCACCCGCUAGACGAAAAUCCCAGUCUUAUUCUGAUAUCGAUACGCCUUCUGCCUCCUUAGACCUCAACAGAUCUGUGAUACACGAAAACCCUCUGGAGUCCCCCAAGCAAGAGGUUCCCCAACGACCGCGAGGGACCAGGAGAUUGUCCAAUGCAAACAAUGCUUAUUUUCCCAGCUAUCUAGCUGGACCAGGGGGUGUUGGAACCAUGGCUAAGAAUGUCAAGUCACCUGGACCUGCUCAAGAUGGUCUGAACAAGAUGUUCGCCAGUCAUCUGCCAAACGUGGCUCCCCCGCCGAAUCAGUCGAAUCUAUAUUUGCCCGACAUUCCAACCUAUACGGAUGAUCCGACGCCCUUCACGCCCGGCCUAACGCAUGCGCAAUCACCUUCGAUCAACAUUGAGAACGUAGGCGCAGCGGUCGAAGGAUGGAUGCGCAAGAUGGCAGCGAAGGCCAGCACAGCCAUUCCACCACCGCAAGACAGAGGAGUGGCCAAUAGGGGUGGACCUAGUGGGAUUGGUGACUUGAUCGAGAUGGCCGAGUCUUUCGAGAUAGGAGAGGAAGAAGAGGACGAAGAACAGCAUAGAGGUCGGCAGGGUUCAGAGAACAAUGGUCGUCCUGGUAUGAGCAGUAGUGCUUCUUUUGCAUAUGCUUCCGCUCUCAAGGACAGAGCGAGGAGCGGGACCAGUGCUGGCGCUGGCAUGAGGAACAAGGACGACUAA